GAGGCUGCGCGGGGGCCCGUUGGCUGGUCCUGGACCCCGUGCCCGCAGCGCCGAGGGCGGGUCUGGGAGCGCUUCGCCGCCCGGGGCGCCCCGCCCGGAGGAGACCAUUUGGAGGAAUGGUUUCCGCGCUUUCUCUCCUCUCCUAAUUGUGCAAACAAAGCUGCUCAUUGCCGACGGCUAGGGACGCGGUGACGUCUGAUGUCCCAGUAAAUGGCAUUGUCUGCUACGGUGCUGAAAAGAUACUCCCAACGUCCCAGCGGCGGCACGGCUAACCUGGGCUUGGUUUGCACUCUGCUGUGGACACCCUAAGCAGGAGUGAUGCCUCCAGGCAGGUGGUAUGCGGUCCAUCCAGCGCAGGCCCAGGCUUCACGGGAGCGAGAACGCCUUCAGCUGGUGAAGAAGGAAGAAGAGGAUGAAGGCUACACUGCAGUGCAGGCUCCUAGGCCCCAGACACUCAACCUUCCUGGCCAGGAGCUGUUCCGCCAGCUCUUCAGACAGCUUCGCUACCACGAGUCUUCUGGGCCCCUUGAGACUCUGAGCCGGCUCCGGGAGCUCUGCCGCUGGUGGCUGAGGCCCGACGUUCUCUCCAAGGCCCAGAUCCUGGAGCUGCUGGUGCUGGAGCAGUUCCUGAGCAUCCUGCCCAGUGAGCUCCGGACCUGGGUGCAGCUGCACCACCCUGAGAGUGGCGGGAAGGCUGCGGCCCUGCUGGAGGAGCUGCAGAGAGACUUCAGUGGGACACCAUGGACGGACCCAGCCCCUGCCCAGAGCCCAGAUGUGCAAUGGAUGGGUACGGGAGCCCUGCGAGCCGCACAGAAAUGGCCCUCUGCUUCACCUCCCAGGAGCGGCUCUGCUCGGGGGGACCACCUGGAGCCUCCCUAUGAAAUAGGAGUGCGUGACUUCCUGGCUGGGCAAUCCGAUCCUCCUGCUGCCCAGGUGCCUGCCCUUCCCCAGGAAGAGGGCUGCCCUGGAGAUGGGGCGACAGCCCAGCCUCAGGAGGCUCUGACCUUCAAGGACGUGGAGGUGACCUUCUCCCAGGAUGAGUGGGCCUGGCUGAACCCUGCUCAGCGGAACCUCUACAGGGAUGUGAUGCUGGAGAACUAUGGGAGCUUGGCUUCUCUGGUGGGGCCACUCGCCAAACCUGCUCUGAUCUCUUGGUUGGAGGCAAGGGAGCCGUGGGGCCUGAAUGUCCAGAGAGCCCAGCCUAAGGCGAAGCCAGGUGCUGCCCCGGCAGGUGAGUUCCAGAGAACCUACCAGAUCCUGCUCCUCCAGCGUCUGCUCUCUUUCUUACCAUCUUUCACACCAGGAGGCGAGCUCCAGAUUAAAUCAAGCAAGCUCAUCCUAAACCCCAAACCUUUGGAAGAUGCACAGGCCUUAGCUGUGUCGUCAGGAUGUCGUGUGAUGAGUGUUUCUGAGGAAACAGGGCCCAGAGAACUUGUGGAACAGAAGAGCCCGUUACAGGAGGGAAGUGGCAAUCCCACACACGCGAGUGCUAAGAGAAAAGAGGCCAGUUUCAGUCACCGGACAGGAAAGGAACCGGAAGACUCGGGCGGCGGUAGUAGCGUCAGUCUCAGACACGUAUAUUUUCGAGUUCCCAAAAGAAAAAGGAAGCAUGGCUGCGGCCGACACUUCAGAGGGAGCUCAUACCACUAUGACUACAAGGAGUACGGGAAAGGCCUCAGGCUCAUGAUCAGCGGGUUUAACCUACAUCAGAGAAUUCACGCUGGACUGAAAGCCCCCUCGAAGGAUGCGCACGGGAAAGACUUCAGCCUCGGCUUGCAUCACCAACGCAAUCUUCACGUGGUGGGGACUUUCUAUAAGUGCGCCGACUGUGGGAGGAACUUCAGCCGUAGCUCCUACCUCGAAUACCAUCAGAGACUCCACACUCAGGAGAAGCCCUUUAAAUGCCGAGUGUGUGGGAGAGCCUUCAGGUGGAGCUCCAACCGCGCGCGACACGAGAGAAUUCACACUGGACUGAAACCUUAUAAAUGCGAUUUAUGCGGCAAAACUUUCCAGCGCCUGUACGCCUACCACCUGCACCAGGAGUCCCACGCCAACCAGCUGUAUCUCAAAACUAGGCGGCGUCAGGAAGCGCUCGCCUACGGCCCCCGGUUGGAUCAUCAUUUGCAAGACCAAGGCGGGGAGAAGCUCUUUGACUGCAGCCAGUGCAGGAAAUCCUUCCACUGUAAAUCGUAUAUCCUGCAGCAUCAAAGGAUCCACACGCAGGAGAAGCCCUUUAAAUGUACCAAAUGCAGGAAAACCUUUCGGUGGAGGUCCAACUUCUCUCGCCACCAAAGAAUGCACCAGGAAGAAAAGUUCUAUAACCCAGACAGGGGCAGCGAAGACUGGAGGGAGGCCCCCGGCUGCAGUCAGCCCCAGAGCGACCCCCCUGCGGAGGAAGCUUUCCUGUGCCCGCAGUGUGGGCAGACUUUCCCCGGGAGGAAAGCGCUCCUUAACCAUCAGAGGACCCACACAGGCCAGGAACCCUACCGCUGCGGCGAACGUGCGAAGGAGUUGACGCACAGGUCGAAAUUGAUCGUUCGUAGGAAGCAGCAUGCCCUCAACAGAAGCCCUGAUGACCGGCCCUCCCGCAGCCAGGACGGAGCGCUCCAGGUCCCCCCGAGCAGCCUGGCCCCGAGCAGCCCGGCCCCGAGCAGCCCGGCCCCGGAGAAGCCCUUCACGUGCAGCCAGUGCGGGAAAGGCUUCCAGAACCACUCCUUCCUCCUCAUCCACCAGCGGGUUCACACCAGAGAGAAGCCGUAUCAGUGCAGGGAUUGUGGGAAAGCUUUCCGGUGGAGUUCCAACCUCUCGCGACACCAGAGGAGCCACUUUCUGGGAAAACGGCUGCUCCUGUACCGUGACAGCGGGGACACUUCCGAUGUGCAGCCACAAAGCCUGGAGGACGAGAAGAAAGCCUUCUGGUGCCAAGAAUGCGGGAAGAGCUUUACGCGUAAAAGAACCCUCUUAGAUCAUAAGGGGAUCCACAGUGGAGAGAAGCGCUACAAAUGUAACCUCUGCGAGAAAUCUUACGAUCGAAAGUACCGCCUGGUGAAUCACCAGAGAACCCACACGAAAGAGAAGCCUUUCAGAUGUCAGUGGUGUGGGAAAGACUUCAUCGCAAAGCACACCCUCUGCAUCCACCAGAGGAAGCACACCCGCCUGGCGCCGUCGGAAGGCAGCCUGGCCGGGCCGUCUUCCUCUCAGGACAGAGGGCCGAGUUUGCAGGAGUUAAAGCGGAGCGGGGAGAGGCCCGUGGAGGACCGUGAGCAGGGCUCCGGGCCCAGUGGACCACAGGACUUACCCGCGGAGAAAAAGUGUCACAAGUGCAGCACGUGUGGGAAAGCGUUCAGCAAGACCUCCCAGCUCAUCAGCCACAGGAGAUUCCACACUCGCGAGAGGCCCUUCAAGUGCACCAAGUGCGGGAAGACCUUCCGGUGGGCUUCCAACCUGGCUCGGCACAUGAAAGGGCACCUUGGUGAUUAGCUGGGGCCUGACGGAGGGAAGAGGCGGUUCCCGGAGGACCUCAGAGGGAGGUGCUGCGGGAAAGUGCUCCCAGAGGGCCCAGCCCUCUUCAUUGUGGAAGCUGGUCGCAGAGAAUCCCGAGGAUUCAAAAGCUCAGAGGCCCCUCGUUUUACCUGCUGGGGAUGAGAUGCUCUUUGGGGACCUUCCGGAGACUCGGGCCCUCAGGAGUGGCCUUUGUGCCAUGGCCUGGAGCUCCCCGGCCAGGUCUUCUUCCGUAACUAAAGGGUGAUGUAGGCCAGUGCCCUUCUGGGUUGGCGAGGCGGGCCGUGGCUGCUGGGAAGGGGCCCUGAGGUUUUCCUCGGAGUUUGAUCUGUUCUGGUUCCUAUUCUGUUUGACCUUAAAGCAACAGCAGCUGCAGGAACUCCUCCGAGUCACCCCAUAUGCCUCCUGGGGAGCUCUGGCUGCAGCUUCAGCCUUCACAGCUGGCUUGGAUCUCUGCUGUGGGCGCCAAGUGGAGGAGAGCAGGUGUCGGGUCCCUCACUGGAGCGUGGAGCUCUCCCAUCCCGUCCCCAUCCCAUUCCCCAGGUGUGCAGCUCUGUCUGUUAAACAGAAAUGUGCUGAGCUCCUCCCACGUGCCAGAGACACCGCAGUGACCCGAAUAGUGCCGUCUUGGAUCUUUACAGAUAAACAUACGAGAUCCAUAAACGUUUGGGUUGGUGUGUGUGUUGUGGGCAACACGCAUCGGAGAAGCGUCAGAGGGCAUGCUGGAUUGGGAGGUGGGUUGUGGUUUUAAACAGGCUGGUCAUGAAGGGCCUCGGCUGAGAAGGUGACAUUUGAGCAAAGACCUGAAGAGUCGGGAGUGGGCCCUGGCGGUCUCUAGAGCCACGCACAGGAGGUGGGCUCCUGUCUGGUGUCUCAGGGAGUGACAGGGGGCCCCUGGGCUGGAGUGGAGUGAGCCAGUGGAAGAGAGGGGGCCAGAGAGGCGGUGGGCAAGCCACAGGGCAUCGGGGGCCUCACUGGGCCUGGACGAUAUAAAAAAACAUAUAUAUUUAUUGAUUUUAGAGAGAGAGGAAGGGAGAGGGAGAGAGAGAGAUAGAAACAUCAGUGAGAGAAAAACAUCAUCAAUCGGCUGCCUUCUGCAUGCCCCCACCGGGGAUCGAGCCGCAACCCAGGCAUGUGCCUGACAGGGAAUCAGUGACCUCUUGGUGCACGGGACAGCGCUCAACCACAGCCACACCUGCCGAGUGCUUUUGGAUGAUUUGAGUUUAGAAGUGAUGUGGUCUGAAUGUGAAUUGCAUCUUACAAGAGUUAACCACAGACCCAAGGACUCAGUAAAAUGUCGAAGCUGAAAAUGUUUUAUGCAGUUAUCCCUGCUGCCUGUUUCUAUGCGUGAACACCCCCCUCCCUACCUGCCCCCAUCAAGUAUCUGAAUAUUCUGAGACCAGCAGCUCUCCCCCGGUGUAAGCAGUUGUGAUUGCAGCUCUGACCUCUGCAGGCUGCCGUGUGCUGUCUCCCUUCACCUGCAGUGCCACACCCGUCCAUGCUGGCUCAGGACCUCACUCUUCCAGGCCCAGCUUUCCCUGACCCUCGUCCCUUGAAGCCCUCUCCCCUGCCCCGCCUUUCCUGGUCCCUGUUUCGUGCUGUCUUAGGUGUUGUCUGGAUUUGCAGAAGUUACGCUCACCACCACAGCCAGACUGAGGCCAGGGCUGAGUGCUUGCUUACCUGUUGGCCACGCAGAGAUUUUGCACAAAGUUGCCUCUGUUGAGGAAGAUAGAGCUGAGUUUAGUUUAGCUGAGUCAUGAUUGGAGUCUUUUGAAAGGGUUCUUGAGUGAAACGUCGACUGGAGGCCACCCACAAGUGCACUCCUGUAAUUAGGAGCCCGGCUCUGUGUGGUUCCGAGCCACAGGCACCAGUGAACAGUUUCCGACGGCCCCAGUCACAGUACCCAUCUCGCACCCCUCUCUGGCCUGGAGGGCACACCCCCUUUUCCAACCCUGCCCUGCCUUCUCUCCCCAAGAACUGAAGUUGGGGCUGAAGAGAGCCAGGUGGGCAUCAGCAGGUCUUUCAGUCAGCUGUCCGGUGUCAGCCCAGCCUUGCUGACCGAGACCGUCAGCCCACAGAGUCGUGUACAGAGAAGAAAGCCCAGGAAAUGUGAAUGAAACGGACCAUCUCACACUUACCACGCUGGCAAAUUGUUCAUGUGGGUGUGUGGGCCCUGGGCACUGACUGCUGUGGGAGCGGGAACUGAUGACGGUUGUGCGAAGCGGUUUGCAAAAUCUUGUAAAGUUGUGUGUACUCGGUCACCUAGUAAUCUGCUCCUGGAUAAACCACAGAACAACGGCUGUGACACAGGAGAUGCGUGUGAGCCUGCAUUGCAAUACUGUUCGUUGCAGUUGGCAAGAUUGUUGAGAUAGCGAGAUUGGGAAAAGCCUACAUUCCCAUCAGCAGAACAGAGAAGUCAGUGGGUUGUUUUGGAAUUUUGGGAAGCGAGUGUGAAAGAGCCGGAGUCGCAUCUUUCACGGAUAAAUAAAACGACGCUGAGAAACUGGUGAAGGUACAGACAAGUACCGUUUCUGUAAAGUUCAACGCUGUAUCUGUGAGUCCGUUACUUAAACGUCUUUGUGUUUCACUUUUUCUGUAAAAUGAAAUAUUUGUGCCAACCUCACAGGUGACUGGGGUUGGGGGUAGUUAAUGAAAUGGUGUAAGUAAAGUGGUUAGAACAGUGGCUGCCGUGUGAGCACUGGUGGCAUAUAGUAAACCAUGUUGUUACUGUUCUGCACUAUAUAUUUCAGUGCUUCUCAACCUUCUGGCCCUUUAAAUACAGUUGCUCAUGUUGUGACCCAGCCAUAAAAUUAUUUUCGUUGCUACUUCAUAACUGUAAUGUUGCUCCUGUUAUGAAUCGUAAUGUAAAUAUCUGAUAUGCAGGAUGGUCUUAGGCGACCCCUGUGAAAGGGUCGUUCAACUGCCAAAGGGGUCACAACCCACAGGUUGAGAACCGCUGAUAUAUUUCCUGUGGACGCAAAUUAUAUGAAACCAGAGUAUGAAAUCGUGUAUUGGAACGAUGUGUGAAUGUCCUGCUCUGCCCUCCCAGGGCAGGGGUUGCUGAUGAAAUUGGAGGCUUCGCUUGUGUUUUCUUUUUAAAAUUACUGUCGAUGUUGGUCAGCAUGUGGAUUUAGUAGCAUAGUGCGGUGGGUGCUUUUUUAACUGUCUGCUUAAAAUCCUUAAAAAUAAAAAGUUUUUACGCCUGGG